AUGGGGUCCAGCGCAAAGAAGAAGCGUGAGAAGAAGAAGGAUUUUCAGCAGAAGCAGAAAUUGAAAGUCGGCAAAGCAAGACCAAAGGCUGAUAAUCAUACAGAUACCAGCUUUAGGUCCAAAGCUAUCGUGCUAAAUCAACAAUUGGACGUCAAUGCUCCAACUCAAGCGUCUGUAUUCCUUCAUCAGGUUUCUCUCCUGAAUUCUCGUGCCGAUACCCAACGUCGCGAUGCUCUGGCGUAUUUGACAACAUACGUUGCUGCGACACCAGGCGGGAAAUCGCUCCCCAUCACAAUGAACAACUUCCUCACUAGCCUGUGUCCUCUGAUGUUGGACGGCUCGGCAGCAGUGAGGACGCAGCUUCUCAAGCUCUUCCAGACGUUGCCAAAGGAAGAUGUCAAGGAUAAUGUCGCAAAGAUUCUUCCUUACAUUCGCGCUGGUAUGACUCAUUUAUCCAAGGACAUUCGGGUAUCUUCUAUCGAGUUUCUGUCCUGUUUGAUUGAGCUGGCAGGAUCCGAAUUAGUUUCUUGCCCGGGCGGGUGGUAUCAAACGCUGCAAUGCUUUACCUCCAUUCUUGACUGGAAAUCGUCCGAUCCAACCAAAUGGUCGUCUGGCAAGGCGGGUUUUAGCGCUGAUGCAAAGUCGACGGCACGAAUCAUGCAAGUUCUUGCUUUAUUUCUUCAACAAGGACUCUCGGGUGAUGGGAUCUCAUCGUCUGCUCCCAAUCCUGUGGCGACUGAUUUUCCUCUGUGGCACACGGGGUGGAUAAUGAUACCUCAAAAAUCCAACCCUUACGCCUAUCUAAACCUUUUCGGAGUUCAACAGGAUGAAGAAAAGCAGACUCUUGACGACAGAGAAGACAGACUUCGAGUUUACAACAGUCAUUUUCAACCGCUCAUCGUUGCUGGUAUUGAAACCGCAAAGAAAGAGGGCGGGGAGCUUGGGCGCGCUUCGGGCCUAUUGGUGAAGACACUCGAGCGCUCUGUAAACAAGUGAGGUGAUC